GGAGGUGGACUUAAUUGUGAUAGAUUGGUGUGCUCGCAGUGCGUACAGAGAGAGAGAGAGGACCAGAAGGGGAGAAAUUGUCCAUUGUUUUUAUGUGUAAAUCAAAUAUUGCAGGGAGUUAAAAGAGAGGCAAUAGCAUCAUCAUUACGUGCGUGGAGGAGGAAGGCGCGUUGUUUUGAGCGGAUCAUCAUCAUCUUUAACAGGACCGCCACUGCUAGCACUAGCAUCAUCAUCCGGCCUGCUGAGACGCGAGGUCGGCGGCUGGAGUGUGCAACAGCAGCAGACUCACCAUGGCGGUUAACCUCGACAAGGAGGCUUACUACCGGCGGAUUAAGAGACUCUACAGCAACUGGAAGAAAGGAGAGGAUGAUUUUGGAAAAGUCGACGCUAUUGUGGUCUCUGUGGGCGUGGAUGAGGAAAUCGUCUACGCUAAAUCCACAGCCAUACAGACUUGGCUCUUUGGCUACGAGCUGACGGACACCAUCAUGGUCUUUUGCGACGCCAAGAUCCUCUUCCUGGCCAGCAAGAAGAAGGUGGACUUCCUUAAACAGGUGGCCGUCACCAAGGGCAACGAGAAUGCCAACGGGGUACCGCCCAUCACGUUGCUCACCAGGGAGAAGAACGAGAGCAACAAGCCUAACUUUGACAAGAUGCUGGAUGCCAUCAAAGGCAGCCUUAAAGGCAAGACAGUCGGCAUCUUCAGCAAGGACAAGUUCCCCGGCGACUACAUGAAGAGCUGGAACGACACGCUUACGACUGAGGGGCUACAAAAGGUGGACAUCAGUGCUGUGGUGGCGUACACCAUGGCGGUGAAGGAGGACGGCGAGCUCAACCUGAUGAAGAAGGCGGCAGCCAUCACCAGCGAGGUUUACUCAAAGUUCUUUAAGGAGCGCGUCAUGGAGAUAGUCGAUGCGGAUGAGAAAGUGCGCCACAGCAAACUGGCCGAGUCUGUCGAAAAGGCAAUCGAGGAGAAGAAGUACUUGGGCGGCGUGGACCCGACCACGGUGGAGAUGUGUUACCCUCCAAUUAUCCAGAGCGGAGGAAACUAUAGCCUCAAAUUCAGUGUUGUCAGCGACAAGAACCACAUACACUUCGGCGCCAUCACCUGUGCCAUGGGCAUCCGCUACAAGUCGUACUGCUCCAACCUUGUUCGCACGCUCAUGGUGGACCCGCCACAGGAGAUGCAGGACAACUACAACUUCCUACUGCAGCUGGAGGAGGAGCUGCUCAAAGAGCUCAAGCAUGGUGUGAAAAUCUGCGACGCUUACAAUGCCGUGCUGGAGUACAUGAAGAAGGAGAAACCUGAUCUCAUUGCCAAGCUGACCAAAAAUCUUGGGUUCGUCAUGGGAAUCGAGUUCCGAGAAGGUUCCUUGGUGCUCAACUCAAAGAAUCAGUACAAGCUGAAGAAAGGCAUGGUGCUCAGUAUCAGCUUAGGCCUGGCCGACCUCACCAACAAGGAUGCCAAAAAAGAAGAACAGAAGAAGUACGCCUUGUUUGUCGGCGACACUGUGCAGAUCAACGAGGAAGAGGCAGCCGUAGUUCUCACACCGGUCAAGAAGAAGAUCAAAAACGUGGGCAUCUUCUUAAAGAAUGACGAUGAGGACGAUGACGAGGAGGACGGGAAUGAUGCGGAAGAGCUGUUGGGAAAAGGCGCUCGCAGUGCAGCUCUCCUUGCCGAUAGAACCCGGAAUGAGAUGACUGCUGAAGAGAAGCGUCGGGCCCACCAAAAGGAGCUGGCCAACAGUUUGAACGAGGAGGCCAAGCGGCGUCUGACCGAACAGAAAGGCGAGCAGCAGAUACAGAAGGCCAGAAAAUCCAAUGUGUCCUACAAAAACAUGUCUCAGAUGCCGAGAGAGAAGGACAUCAGAGAAAUGAAAAUUUUCAUCGACAAGAAAUACGAGACCGUUGUCAUGCCGGUCUUUGGCAUUGCCACGCCGUUUCACAUCGCCACAAUCAAGAACAUCAGCAUGUCUGUCGAAGGAGACUACACGUACCUCAGGAUCAACUUCUACGUCCCUGGCAGCUCCCUCGGCCGACAUGAGGGAAACAUCUUCCCCAACCCGGACGCUACAUUUGUCAAGGAAAUCACAUAUCGGGCGUCAAACCUGAAGGCGCCUGGCGACACAUCUGUGCCGUCCACCAAUCUGCAGAACGCUUUCCGCAUCAUCAAGGAGGUGCAGAAGCGCUACAAGACACGGGAGGCGGAGGAAAAGGAGAAGGAAGGCAUAGUAAAACAGGACUCGCUGGUCAUCAACCUGAAUCGUAGCAACCCCAAGCUCAAAGACCUCUACAUCCGGCCCAACAUUGCACAGAAGAGGAUGCAGGGCUCGCUGGAGGCCCACACAAACGGUUUCCGUUUCACGUCAGUCCGCGGCGACAAAGUGGACAUCCUUUAUAACAACAUCAAGCACGCUGUCUUCCAGCCGUGUGACGGCGAGAUGAUCAUCGUCCUGCACUUCCACCUCAAGAACGCCAUCAUGUUUGGCAAGCGGCGCCACACGGACGUGCAGUUCUACACGGAGGUGGGAGAGAUCACCACGGACCUGGGCAAGCACCAGCACAUGCACGACCGCGACGACCUCUACGCCGAGCAGAUGGAGCGCGAGAUGCGGCACAAGCUCAAGUCGGCCUUCAAGAACUUCAUUGAGAAGGUGGAGACGCUCACAAGGGAAGAACUAGAGUUUGAAGUUCCCUUCAGGGACCUGGGCUUCCAGGGCGCCCCCUACAGGAGCACCUGCCUGCUGCAGCCCACUUCCAGCUCCCUCGUCAACGUCACAGAAUGGCCGCCCUUCGUGGUGACUCUGGACGAGGUGGAGCUGGUCCACUUUGAGCGCGUCCAGUUCCACCUGAAAAACUUUGACGUGGUAAUCGUCUAUAAGGACUACAACAAGAAGGUCACCAUGAUAAACGCCGUGCCUGUCAACUCUCUGGACCCCAUCAAGGAGUGGCUCAACUCGUGUGACAUCAAGUACACCGAGGGCGUGCAGUCUCUCAACUGGACCAAGAUCAUGAAGACCAUCGUCGACGACCCUGAGGGCUUCUUCGAGCAAGGAGGAUGGUCUUUCCUGGACCCAGAGAGCGAGGGGAGCGGCGCCGAGCAAGAUUCCGAGUCUGAGAUGGAGGAUGAGACAUUUAACCCCUCCGGGGACGAUGAGGAAUUUGAGGAGGAGGAGGACAGCGAUGAAGACUACAGCUCAGAGUCUGAGAAUUCAAACUACAGCGCGUCGAUGGGCAGCGAGGAGGAGAGCGGCAAGGACUGGGACGAGCUGGAGGAGGAGGCUCGGAAAGCUGACAAGGAGAGUCAGUACGAGGACGUAGACGCGUCUAACAACAACAAGAAGAGGAAGAUCCGCCCAUCGGCACCAGCCCCUAGCAAAAAGAAGAGGCGAGCCUAAACUGCCAAUCCUCGAACCGCCAUCCCUCCUACUUAUCACCCUCACUUUGCCCCGAUCGGCUCUUUGGACUCAAACAUGCACGCUCAGAUACACGAGCUGUGUGUGUGUGUGUGUGUGGGUGUGUGUGUGUGUGUGUGUGUGUGUGUGUGUGUGUGUGUGUGUGUAGACAUAGAAGCCAUUGUUUGUGUUGGUAAACACGUCAUCGUGGUGACGUACCAGCAUUUU